AUGGGUAAUAUGUGCUAAAAUCCAAAUAUUGAAAAAUAAAAUUAAAGAAUUAGAUUAGUUGGUGUUAAUUCUUAAUAAUUUCCAAAUAAAUAAUCUAGGGUAGAAAGCUAUACAUAUAACAUUUAAAAUAAUAUUGACAAAUUUGAGGAAGAAUUUUAUAAUAAAAAUUUUUAGUUUGAUAUAUUUGAUGAGAAUACUGCUGAGGAUUAAUUCUUUUAGAUAAAUUUUAAAGAAGAAAAGACAAAUAUGCCUAAAUCUCAAUUAUUAAUAGAAGAGAAAAUAACUGGGACUCAUUUUGGUAGUUAUAAUUAAAUGGCAAGUGAAGCUUUCAUGAAUUGUAUUAAAGAAAGAUAAUCAAGAAAAACUUAAAAGUUUGAUAGGCAUUCUGAAAAAAGGGAAUAAAAAACAUCCUCAAAGUGUAAAGAAAAUUCCCCUAGUAUUUAGGUAAGAGCAUAAUUAAAAGUUACACAGAUUGAUUCCAAAAAUAAAAAUACAAGUAGCAUCAAGAAAUUAUCAAGACAUUCAAAAAAUAAAUUUCAAAAUAAUACUACAUCAAACAAUAAAACUGAUUUGAAACAAAAUUCAUUCAAAUUGGUUCGUAAAGGCAACAUCAUUUAUUACUGA